CUCUUCUCUUUUCGGUACUUCUAGUCUUUUCUUCUCUUUCAAUCUCUUAUCUUAUUCUCACUCUCUCCCUCUCUCUCUCUCUAACAUCAUGGAGAAGAAACCCUUUCUUAAACUUCUGGUUAUUCUUCUUGGUCUUUCCUGCUUUGGAUAUGCUGUUGCUGUUCCAGCAACAAGAAGCUCCAUGAUCUGGAAAGUGGAUCCAUCAAUACUGCAAGAUCAUCUGGCUAAGGACGAUCAUGUAAUGGGGUUAAGAAACAACCAAGGAGUGUUGGAAAUCAAGGAGGAAGCUGUAGAGAGCAGAAUGCUAGUGGAUGUUGCAGACUACCCGGGAACAAGACCAAAUCCAUCCCAUAACCCAAAACCUCCUGCAAAACAUUAAAUUAUAUUUCAUUAUGUUCUUAAGAGUAAUGGGCUUAUUAUAUUUUAUAUGUUUAUAAUCUGUCCUGGUUUGCUAAGUUGAGAUGUGUUCUUCUGUCAAGAGAAGUCCCUAAUCUAAAGAAGUAUGUUGUCAGGUUAAGUUAUUUGACAUUCCAUAUAUAUGAGAUAUAAGGGCUUGGUGCUGUGAGAUAUAUGAAAAGUUGUAUUAUAUGAGAUGUAAUGAGGCUUGUCUUCCUCCAUAUCAUUAGUUGGUGGAAUGUAAAUUCCUGAUUCACUAUA